AUGAAGGGCAUCUUACUCGACAAGAACGAGGGCGAGGUUCUAGGCGGUGGUGAAAACACGGAAACGGCAAGGGACGAUACGGAUAUCUUACAGACGUAUUCCAACGCGUCCACUGAGCUACACCGACGUAACUUGGGCUACAUGUUGGUGGCCAGCGCAAUGGCCAACCUAGCGGAUGGGGCCCCACGGUCUCUAACAGUAGACAGCGUGGCAAUGCGAGCGAAACGUUACAAGUUCGUUUCCUCCCAACCACACGAUGUCGCGGAAGCCAUCAUGCGCCUAGGCUUCCCGGUAUUUCCUCUUGGCCACGCAAACCAAGGAGAAAAACAAGAGAGCCUCCUCGGCUUGCCCGAAGAAGGCACGCAGGAAGCAAAUUGCCUUCUCCGUCGGGCACUGUUCGUCCAGACAGGGUCCAGGCGUGGUUUACCAUCGGCCAUCCAGGCCGGCAAGCGUCCGGAAAGUGGCGAACCGCUACCAGAGCGGUAUUUCGUACUUGGCGCGAAGUUCACGGGCUCCAUCAGCCAAACGAAGGGAGCCUCAUCAGGUUAUUACACCCCAACGCGCGACCAUACGGAGGCAGUUAUUGGCAUUUACAGGCCAGCGGACGAAGCAAAUUGGCCCAAGUAUGCUGGUGUAGACGAGAGAAUGUACCGCAAACGGAAAGGGCGAAAAGAGCGCCUACCCGGGAAGACGGGGACCAGCUCAACGACAGCGCAAAAGUCAGCGGAGCGGUUCCAACAACAGGAGCAGACGAUUGCACCCCAACAGCAGAAGAGGACACGCAAGACUGUGGAGGAGAGUUCGUUAAGCCAGAGGAAAUCUCGGCGUGACGACACACGACAGAACACAACACCAAAGCAAUCCCGAAAAGAAAAAUUUUUAUUUAACAUCUAA